AUGAUCGCUUACCGACGUCGAAGCGAAAUGAUGGGUCAUGCUUGCAAUAAAUACUUGAUCGUUACACAAACUACGAUCACGCUCGCCUAUAUCAUAUUUUGGUGUCUUCCAUCGAUGAUCUACUUGGUGGCGAUUAUUUUACGCAUUCAAGCGGUAGUUUUUGGUACGAUCACACUGGUUCUAUCGGUUGGCUCUGGUUGCUUUGCAUCGUUGAGUCCGUUUCUGUUUCUGUGGAAACACACCGAAUUUCGUGCCUACUUCAUGCGUUUCUAUCACAUUCCAAUGAAGCGCACCAAGAAAAUCACUGUGUCACCACAAACGGCCAUUUCGCUUGCCAUUUUAUCACCAACAGCAAGAUGUCAGACAUCAUCCAUUUGUUAA